GCUUUCACAGUCCACGUUUCUGCACUGCGCGCAUGCAAGAUCCAGGAUCAGCUAACUAGCUACACGUCCAUGGUGUCGCAUGAAGACUAGGCGCCUCAUGCACCAUUUCAGCACAUUUACGAGUUCCCCAAUCCCUCAAUUUACCUGGAAUAAAUACUGAAAAAACAGAUUUGAUUUUGGUCAAACCCGCCUCGGGGGUUAAAGCGCAACCCGCUAGCUAUUCGUGUUAAAGCCACUAUGGACUCGAGAGAGACAGCCCCUGAUUCGUGGGAACAGGAGGACGAUGUUGAGGCCACGGCUGAUACCGAACUUCAGUCCGCCUUCACCGGGCUCAACGUAAACGCUCCGGAAUUCGUACCAUCCUUUCUUUCCCGAGAUCCGCCGGAAAACGCCACGUCUGAUGGCACCGAUCCAGUGGCCAGCAUGGAGAUCUCAGAACCAGUGGCUGCAGUGGAGAAUGGAGAGACAGAUGCCAGUGCAGUGGAGACGUGGGAGCAGAAAGGUGAGCCGGAUGAGGAGGAACCAGGAGGUGGAUCCCCGGCGGACACAGGAUUUUGUGGGGAUGAGGCACAGGAUGAAAUGAUGGAGGAGGAUGAGGAGAUGCCGACUCCCAAGCUGCCUCCUCCUCCACCGGACGCCCCUAAGAAAGAACACGUGAAUGUAGUGUUCAUUGGACAUGUGGAUGCAGGCAAGUCUACAAUUGGUGGACAGAUUAUGUAUCUAACUGGUAUGGUGGAAAAACGGACGCUGGAGAAAUAUGAACGGGAGGCGAAAGAGAAGAAUAGAGAGACUUGGUAUCUUUCCUGGGCUCUAGACACAAACCAAGAGGAAAGAGACAAGGGGAAAACAGUAGAAGUUGGAAGAGCUUACUUUGAAACUGAGAAAAAGCACUUUACUAUUCUUGAUGCCCCAGGCCAUAAAAGCUUUGUACCCAACAUGAUUGGAGGGGCAUCCCAAGCUGACUUGGCAGUGCUGGUCAUCUCUGCCAGAAAGGGCGAGUUUGAGACCGGUUUUGAAAAGGGAGGUCAGACAAGGGAGCACGCCAUGCUGGCCAAAACAGCUGGAGUCAAACAUCUGAUAGUCCUCAUCAACAAAAUGGACGAUCCCACUGUGGACUGGAGUUUGGAUAGAUACGAGGAAUGUAAAGAGAAGUUAGUGCCAUUUCUGAAGAAGGUGGGCUUUAAUCCAAAGAAAGACAUUCACUUCAUGCCCUGCUCUGGAAUGACUGGAGCCAACCUGAAAGAAUCUUCCGAGCUGUGCCCUUGGUACACGGGAUUACCGUUCAUUCCACAUCUGGACAGCAUGCCAAACUUCAACAGAUCAAGUGAUGGUCCCAUCCGAUUGUCUAUUGUGGAUAAAUACAAGGACAUGGGCACCGUGGUGCUUGGAAAACUGGAAUCUGGAAGUAUCAUGAAAGCUCAACAACUUACUAUGAUGCCAAAUAGGCACACGGUGGAAGUGUUGAGCCUUCUCUCUGAUGAUGUGGAGACGGACUACGCUGGACCCGGUGAAAACCUGAAGCUCCGGCUCAAAGGCAUUGAGGAGGAAGAGAUUCUCCCAGGCUUUAUCCUAUGCAAUGCUGAGAACCUCUGCCACUCAGGGCGCACUUUUGAUGCCCAGAUUGUCAUUAUUGAGCACAAAUCCAUUAUAUGCCCAGGUUACAAUGCAGUACUACACAUCCAUACCUGCAUAGAAGAAGUGCAGAUAACAGCGUUAAUCUGUCUGGUGGACAAGAAGACAGGAGACAAGAGCAAGACUCGUCCACGCUUCGUCAAACAAGACCAAGUAUGCAUCGCCCGUCUUAGGGCCGCAGGAACGAUCUGCUUAGAGACUUUUAAAGACUUCCCUCAGAUGGGACGUUUCACCUUAAGAGAUGAGGGUAAGACAAUCGCAAUUGGCAAGGUGCUGAAGUUGGUACCUGAGAAGGACUAAAUGCAGAUAGAAGGACUUCCCUGGUGCACUCUGGGAUUGAGGAGGAUCCAGUGAUCCCACUGUGGAUCAGUCUAAGAAAAUUACUUUGGAAAAAGGACAUUAUCAAAGUGACAGUAUCAAUUUUAGGAAGAACAUUAAUAUAGAAAGACAAGCUCAGUGUGACAGCUUUCUCAUAUUGAGAGCUCAGCUAUGCCACUCAUGUAGCCCAAUUGUUAAAGCCAGUUUCUCUCCACUGGUACAUAAUCUUAAAAUGGAUGCAAUUUUCUUUUAAGCUGUCCGCUUUUUAAUUUUAUGUUAAAAUAUGAGAGAGGGAGUCUUGGUGUCAUCUCUUUGAAAGGUUAAUGCCAUUACUGUGUGCCCCAUUCAAACAUAACACUCAGAUCAUUUCCCCUUAUAAGAAUGCAGGGUCUCUGAUUGCAUAUCACUUUACAAUAGCAUCAUCUGGGCAGUUAGAGACUGCUGACUGUUUCGUUAUGGCAUGAAAGGGGUCCAUACAGGGUCUAAGCUUGCCAGUACCCUUGCUCUUUACCUGGCAAGUCCUGCAAGAGUCAUAAUUGUCAAGAUCAGGUCGUAAAAGAGGCCUUGGUCCUUCAAAUAAAAUGACACUUAUUUAGAGAUGUAAUAAUGCACAAGAUGAACAGAUGAAUCUGUUUACUGUGAUGUCAUUACAUAACAAAUGACAGAUGCACCCAUGUGGUUAAAAAAA